AUGUACAAUGAAAACUUCCCCAAGUGCUUUAAAAUAGCAGGCUUGGGUUGCUCUUCAGGUCCAAAUACCCUUUUGGCCAUCUCCCAAAUCAUCGACACAAUUCAUGGUUUGUGCCAGCAAAAUAAUUGCAAAGCACCUGAAUUUCAAGUGUAUCUAAAUGAUCUUCCAGACAAUGACUUCAACACCAUUUUCAAAUCACUGCCAAUAUUCUACGAGAAGCUCAAGAAAGAGAAAAGAGAAGAGUUGAUGAGUCAUUGUUUUGUAUCAGGAUCACCGGGUUCAUUCUAUGCCAGGGUUUUCCCAAACAGAAGCAUACACGGCUCGGCCAAAUCUGGAUGCCGACUGACAGAUGCUCAGCCACAUGACAGUGUCUCCAAAAUGACAGUGUCUCCUCUCAUAGUCAAACAGCAGUUUGUCAAUGACAGUGAAAUGAGCUACACCUCAGCCCCCAUGUCGAGAAGUAAUUUUGCCAGGAGUUCUCUUCUCGACAAGCUAGAAGUUUUUGAACCUGGUGAUGUCCUGAUUAGAAACAGGGAAUCAACUUCUCUUCUCCUUUCUGUUUCUUGA